AUGGCAUCAUUCACCCUUUUCACCUCCCUCCCAAAAUUUCUCCCUGCUGGUGCAUCAUUUGCAAGGGCUCAUCCUUGGAAUUCUAGAGUCUUUGCAGCAGCUGCCCCAAGAUCUAUCCAAGUUCCAAAGUCACAUAACGAUGAUGGUUCAAUCACUACCGAUGGAAUCAAACAAGGAGGAGGAGUCAAUGAAACCGUUAACAACAGUUUGAACGAAACACAGCAUGAAAAGGCUUAUUCCACUUCAGAACAUGUUGUUGACAAAACAAAAGAUGCUGCUAAUAAGGCUUCGGCGGCAACACAAAACAUAGCUGAGAAAGCAAAGCAGACAAUGCAAGAUGCAUGGGAUUCAACUAAGAACACAGCUAAUAGAGCUGCAGACACUGUGUUGGGAAAGGCUCAACAAUCUUGUGACUCAACUAAGAGCAAUGCCAAUAGGGCUGCAGACACUGUGUUGGGAAAGGCUCAACAAUCUUGUGACUCAACUAAGAGCAAUGCCAAUAGGGCUGCUGACACUGUCGUCGAAAAAACUAAGGAAUCUGCUGAAUAUGUCAAAGAUAAUGCAGAGGCAGUGAAGAGGAACAUGAACAAAAAGAAUUGA